AUGCCUUACAAUACCAGACGGAAGUCUAUCUCCUUGUCAACGCUUGGCAUCACUGUACCCAAACGGUCGAGAACGAUCUCGCAUCCUUCACCGCCGAGCACGGCUGCCGAGGGAGAUAGUCGACCAGUGAAGAAGUCGAAAAGGUCGCAUGGCUCGACAUCGCCGCCGCCUGGGUUGAUGAGUCCGCCACGCACGACAACGAUCAGAAUAAAAGAAGAGAAGCCGAAGCAUGCGAAGGAGCUAUCACCGCCACUUUCACCACGCGCGGAAGGCACGAACAAGGUCGACUUGGAAGGCAUCAACGACAACAUUGUCGCAGCCACGAUCCAGCAGUUGGAGCGGACUGCGAACAGACCUCUGCUGGUCAAGGAGCUGGCGAUCUUACUGGCAGCAGAGUUGCAUUGUGUAGAGAAAUCCGCAAACCCGUGUGCACUCAUCUCAUCACGACUAACAGCAUACCUCAACCGAUCGUGGCCGGCUGUUAGUCAAUGUCCAUUGGCAAAAGACCUGUCUGCUGUACAUCCUCGCCGAUUGUACUUUUACCUCACGACAACACCACACCAGCCAAUACCGGAUGUGCCACCACCACUACCCGAGCUUAAGAGGACGCUGUCGCCCCCACAGUCAUCGGCAUCGGCAGCAGACGAGGACGAGCGCUAUAACCGACGACGAAACACUCUAUCACUAUCGCCGGAGGUCGACCUCUCAUCACCUGAGCUCGACGAAGAGAAUGUUGAGCAUCCACCAACACCUGGCGGACCGUUCUCGAACCGUAGCUCCGUGACCCGUGACUCGCGAUCCUCGAGUCUGUCGCAAAACAAACGGGCAGCUAGCCCACAGCUGGAACGUGAGGAGCGUGACUUCAAGCAGACCGCCAGUCAUCUCUACGAGCAAGCGCAAUUGAGGCGCAACAGCCAGGGAGAAGAUGUCAAGAUGGAGCAAGCCGACGCCACGGCCGGUGCUGAACGUGACACCGACAGUGUCACCAUGUCGAUUGAGGAGUCUGAGGAGACUGCUGCGCUCAAGCAUUGCAAUGACGCGGCUGCACUCUUCGGUCACGCCGAGCAUCUGAGACUGCCGUCCGCCAUCAUGGAAUUCAGCAGUCCCAUCAUUCAACCACACGUUGAGCUCCACAUCGACACCAUAACUUCGCCCGGGAAAGCGGAGUCCGAGAUUACAACAAUGGAACCCAUGAUACUCGACGUGGAAUCGAAAGCCGACUUCGCUCUUUCCGACUCAGCUUUCGCGUGGGAGAAUCUACAAAGUCCAGAGAAUAUCGGGGUGGCAGAACUGGACGAUAUGUUCGAUGAUUAUUGA